CACAGAAAUUCUGGAAAUUUUCACGAGCCGCCGCUGCCGCUGCAAUCGCAUAUCCCUACUGAAAGUGUGCGUGAAGUAAGCAAGUCAUAUUUUUCUCGGAUUUGCUGUAUUUUCGGCGAUUUUUUGUCUACUAUUUGUUAAAAACGGAAAAUGAGCAGCUCUGAGGAAGUAUCUUGGGUGACAUGGUUUUGUGGAUUGCGAGGAAAUGAGUUCUUCUGCGAGGUCGACGAAGAUUACAUUCAAGAUAAGUUCAAUUUGACGGGACUGAAUGAACAGGUGCCGAACUAUAGACAAGCUUUGGAUAUGAUCCUUGAUCUCGAACCGGAAGAUGAACUGGAAGAUAAUCCACACCAAUCGGAUAUGACAGAGCAAGCAGCGGAGAUGUUAUAUGGUUUAAUUCAUGCUAGAUAUAUUUUAACAAAUCGCGGAAUUGCGCAAAUGAUAGAAAAGUAUCAAACAGGUGAUUUUGGGCAUUGCCCACGAGUAUAUUGUGAGAGUCAGCCAAUGCUACCCUUAGGCUUAUCAGACAUACCCGGAGAGGCAAUGGUUAAAACAUAUUGUCCAAAAUGUAUUGAUGUUUACACUCCAAAAUCAUCACGGCACCAUCACACAGAUGGUGCAUAUUUCGGAACGGGUUUCCCGCAUAUGUUGUUCAUGGUACAUCCCGAAUAUCGCCCGAAACGUCCCUACGAAUCAAUUUGUACCGCGAUUAUAUGGAUUCAAAAUACACAGUCUAGCUUAUCAAAUUCAAUUGCAAGCCGCCGCUAACUUCAAGAUGCCGCUUCGGACCGUAAAUUCUAAAAAAUAAGGAAUAAAUGAUCAGCGUUGGAUACAAAUGAACCACUGCAGUAUACAUUUAAGCAAGAACGGGGAAGGAAUCAAACAAUAUUGAGGAACACCACAAAAGCUUGUCUAUUUUAAUUCUGUAUAUUUGUUUUCUUUUCUAUUGUUUUCUCGUUGAAUUAGAUGAAUAGUAUAACAUAAAUGCCGUGAGCAACAGAAUAAAUUUUACGUUUGAAAAUGGACAAAACAUUGAAUCAGAAUUGGGAACAGACAAGUUUUUCUCUGUUGCAGGAAAAUACAAGUUGUAAUCAAAA